CUCCGACUGAGUAACACCUCAGAGGGUGAACCUGCACAAAAGUUGCUCACAGUACGGACCGUUACGAACGAAACAAGGAAAUAUAAAUAAAUAAAUAAGUAAUCAGAUCUUUUCCCGGAGACAAAAGAUCGCUGCUCAAAACAGGAUGCGACGGACGAGGCACGUUGUGUUACCGGUUCGCUCAUGGGAACACGUCGGUCUCAUGGUUGUCUCUCUCGCCUGUCUUACUUUAGGCCUUGUGUCCAGAGACAGAGAAGGUCAAGCAGGAAAUCUCGCCGGGCCAGACCUACAGCACUGUGCCCCUCAUAAAGUCGACGCAUGCCCAAAUGAGAACGUCUUUACCCGGCUGCCUUUUUACGACGACCCGGCAAACCCUUCAGGAUUAAAUCCAACCGAUCACCCUGUAAAAGACCGCGAUCGAUCGAAUCGACCCAGAGAUACCACUUCCCCGGUAAUCCAGAAGGAACGAUCUUCCAGCGAUAUUUGCAAUUUCAGAUCGACGCGACAAGCUUCGGCGGUCGGUGUUUCUCGGCCGGAAGCUCGGCGAUCGAAUGAUCACCGAGAUGUUCGACUCUCUGGAUUAAGAAAUGACCGACGCGGCGAUAGAGUGAAAGAUUCUCGCACUGCGGAGCAAAUUUUUAUAGUCAAUAAUCAACGAACAUCAACCGAACGCGGGAUCAACCCCACAGGAUCCCGUCGCGAAGAACGAAGCCGACAGAUCCGAUCAUUCCGAUCUCGUGAACGUAGAUCCGUCGACAAAGAUUCUAGAUUGGCCACUGAACGUAGGCAAGCUCAUCUGUCGGAUCGUCAGACGGAACGAUUACUCAGAUAUCAACGUUCUUCUGAAACUAGAUAUGAUGGACCGGUAGCAGAGCGCAGAAAUGAUCGAUCGGCGCGGCGAGUACGCGAGUCUAGAUCUCUGGAGCGUGAUGCUGCGAUCAGAAAUACACGCUUAUCAAACGAACGCAGGGAUAACCGACUGGACAGACAGGUUCGAAGUACUAGAUCCAUAGAGCGCAUUGAUAAUCUCAUUGCGGAAAGACGAAAUAACUUUCGAAGUCAGAGAGACCAAAUCGCCCAAUCUAUUCGACGCCAUUCGUUAUCUAGGAGAUCCGAACGACUCGUCGAAUCAUCGGCGGAACGUAGAGAUAGUAGAAUUUUUAGAGAACGAGAGGAUCGAGUGAUCCGCGAAAUCCGAAAAGUCCGUUCGAACGAUCACGAAUUAGUUACACGACGCACCGAUCGCUCGAUCGAACGAAAGGGUAAUAGACUGCAAGAGCGAAAAAUUCGUUCCUCUAACGUCGAUUUCGUAUCCAGAAACUCGCGUCUUAAUAUCCCUGAGAUCAGCGACGACCGAUCAGCUCGCAGAUUCCGAAACGCUGGCUCUCUCGAUCGCGUCGUUGAUGUUAAAAGAAACACGCAAUUGCUAACAUCCGAACGUAGAGGCGAUCAAUUGACCCGGCAGAUCAGAAGCGUCCGAUCGACUCGGGAUUCUGAAACCAAAAAUACAAGGCGAGUAUCCGAGCGAAGAAAUGUACAUUCGACUCCGGAAAGCCGAGAUGAUCAGCGAGCCCAACGGGCACGAAUUGUUUCAACUCUUAAACGUGAUUUUGAACGCGGAAAUACCGAGCAGCUAUCGGCACGCAGAACUGGCCGUCAAAGUAACGAAAUUCGCGUUCGAAAUCGUCGCACACAUUCAUUCGUCGAACACGAUUCUAGAGCAAGGAAUAUUCGAGCUUCAGAUGCACGUAGAGAAAACCGCCUUACGAGGGUUUUCAGGGAUAUUAGUUUGAACGAACGUCGUCCUAAAAUCACUGACUCGCGUUUAAUUGCCGAACGUAAAGAGAAUCGGCAAAAACGUGAAAUUCGGUCUCUUGGACGCGAUUCCAGAAUCAGAAAUUCCGAAAUGAUCAGCGAACAACGGGACAGACGGCUAAGUCGGCAGAUCCGUGAAGCGAAAAUUAUCAAUCGCGAUAAUUCUCUAACUAGGAGCCCUCGAGUCUCUAUUAAACGAAUCAAUCGCGAUUCGCUAAUAAGCCAGGCGGAUUUCUCCUCUGCGGAGCGUCGCGUCGACAACCGAAACCGUUGGCUUCGAGAUUCUAGAUCUCUUCAGCGUAGCUCUACCAUUGGGAGUCUGCGGACCACAUUCGAACGCCGAUAUGCCAUAUCAUCGUCGGAAUACCGAGAUGACCGCGUGACCCGGAAUACUCAAGACGCAGGGAACUUCCGAUCGGUAGCUGAACGUCGGGAUGAACGUCAGCAAGUCCAACGGGUUCGCAGUUUGCGCUCUAACGAACGAACCUCCAGAGUUCGAAUUGACCCGAUCAAAAAUGAACGUGCUCUGAUGAAUUCUCUACGAAAUUCCGAAAAUAUCCGAACAGACUUUAACGCAAGGGAAACCAGAACUGGAAGAAUUGAACGAUACUCGCGCUAUACACGGCAGAAAAAUGUGGAACGUCUCAUUUCUGCCGGAUCAUCAAGAGUAAAACGGACCAUCAAAGAUCGCCGUUAUGCUUUUGACGCAAGCAAGAACUCAAUAGAGAUCGAAAAAUUGAGCGCUCAACGUGAGCAAGUGCAAUAUGCAGUAACAAGAGCAGAAAAUAUUCGAGAGAUUCGAAUUCGACGCACCCAAGCCACUAGAUUACCAGUAACAUUCCGACUCUAUGAAACUCGUUACGGAACUCGUGACAAUUCAAAUUUCCAAGACGCUCGUAGAUUGUUAUUUGCAAGUACUUUGACUUCGCAAAUUCCUACGUCCAUGACCUACGAGAUUCUUAGACAAACCGCUGUUUUGUUUCUAUGUGCUACUUACGCAGCUUCUUUGCACAGCGCAAAAGGUUCGCUUUCAAGGAAUAUCAUAACGUACGUCAAUCGCCUUGUCGUUUGGUAAAAAAAAAGAAACUCCAGCUGAUCCAUGGCCGACGACCCUCAUAGAUAUUAUUAUGAACAGUUACUCCUGUAGUCCCAAUAAACAAAUAGAUGUAUUAACAAAUUAUAACGUAUACACAGAAAUAUUUGUGUAUAUCUAUGGUAUUAUAUUCUAUUAUGAUGUAUAGUGAUACAGUUACGUUGCUGAUAGUUUAUCGUUAGAUGAAAAAAGCCAAAUUUAUAUAAAAUCAUAUAUUUUAUCUGAAUAAAUCGUAUUACCUGGAA